CGCAUCGAGCGGGCUUUGAAAACUGAAGGGCUCUAUGCGCGAGCGAUCGUGAGCCAGUGUUUUGUUACGGUCCUAUUCGGUCGGCGACUGUAUUUAAAAAUCGGUACGGUGCACACGUGGGUUACAAGUUCGACGGUGUUUGGACUGCCGAGUUUCGGUCUGACGUUUUUUGGUUUUUUUUUUCGCGGCUGGAUCGUCACCCCGUUUUCCUACACCGGUCCAUUUUGGAUGCUGAGGAAAUUGUCGUCGGCAAAGAAAGAAUAAUUUACCAAACUGGAACUGAAAUAACAGUCCGGUGCGGAGCUUCUGAAAGAUGUUCGUUAAACUGCUCCUGAUUACCACUCUGGCCACCCAAAUUGGCUCGAUAGCCUCGUGCCCGUCCAGAUGCACGUGCACCUUGGACACCAAGGGCCGCAAGCUGGUGAGCUGCACCAAGGGCGGGAUGACCGGGUCGGUCAACUUGGACGGCGUAGCGCUGGACACUGAAGUGCUGAAAAUCUCGGCCCCCGAAGACAACAUGAACGACCUACAUAUGAGCCCCAUACUGCAAAGCUACAAGAAACUGGAGGAGAUCCACAUCACCAGAUCCAACAUCCCCCAGUUGGGCUUGCACUUCUUCUACGGCCUGAAGAAGUUGGACGUCCUCAAUUUGUCCGAGAACAACAUCACCCAAACACUGCCCAACAACUUCCGCGGCCUGGACAAGCUCAAGGAGCUCUACCUGGACGACAACAGGAUCCAUUCCUUGCCCAGCAACUCGUUCCAAUACCUUAAGGACCUCAAGGUGUUGAGCGUGCAAAGAAACAGGCUGUCCACCUUGGUGAUCAGCCUCUUCCACCCCAUACCUCACUUAAAAGUCCUCAAGCUAAGCGGCAACAACCUGAGGGAGCUAAACCCCGAGGCCUUCCUCGACAUUAAGGAUCUGCGAGUAUUAGAAUGUCGCGGAUGCGGCCUGUACAAGCUGGAUGCGGAAGUGAACAGGCAACUGUCUCACUUAACUCACCUAGACCUCGGAGACAACGAAAUUAAAUCGAUAUCGAGCGACGAGCUGGCCGGAUUGCGGAGCCUAAAAACGCUGAAGCUGGACGGCAAUCGCAUACGCUCCCUGUCGGACGGGACGUUCGUCCAUCAGGCGGAGCUAUCGAAACUGAACCUGGCCAAGAACGAGAUGAUGACGGUGUCCUCGGGGGCGUUCCUCGAGAUGAGCAACCUGACGGAGCUGGAUCUGGCUAACAACAGGCUGGUGACUUUGGAGAACGGCAGCCUGGCUCCCGUCGCCGACAAUCUGGAGGUGCUGAUCCUGACUGGGAACAAACUGAAGUUCAACUCGUUGCAGGAGUUGAUGAGUGUCAGGCUGAAGGAGCUUUACCUGCACGACUGCGGCAUCGCCGAGAUUUAUACGAAGGUCUUUCCGGACUCGCUCACUUUAUUGGACCUGUCCAACAACCGCUUGUUCACCUUGCUCAGCGACGUGCUGCCCACCAACCUGACGACUCUGGACUUAUCCAAUAACAAGUUCAGAGGCUUGGGGGAGCAGGAGCUCAUUGCCCUGGACAACAUCAAGCACGUGAAGCUGGACAAGAAUCCGUGGUCGUGCGACCUGUGCUACAUCAUACCGAUGCUGGACAACAUGAACAGGAGCGCCGUCUACAGCGACAUCACCUGCAAGUACCCCUACACCAUGCGCAACCGCAAACUGGGAACCAUACAACGAAACGAAUUAACCUGGUGCACUGCCUCCACCUACUACUCGGACUCGGAGAACUCCGAAAACUCCGCCAACUUCUUCUUCCUCGGCGAGGACGGCAGAGUGGGCAUCGUCGCCGCCGGCAUGUCCGUCUGCUUGCUGGUGCUAACCUGCCUGGUCAUCGUCGGUGCCUUCUUCUAUUCCCGACGUCACGCCGCCAAAUACUACACCCACGAAGACAAGCUGGCCAAGGAGGGCGAGUCGAUACUGGACAACAACCACAGCCCGCUGUUCUGCGACCGCGAGCUGAGCUUCAGCUUCCCCAGCGACAAGAAAAUCUCUAUAUCGACCAUCGACGAGAUAGCGAAAAAGGAGCACGUGAUAACGAACGGAACAUGAAUCAUUCGCUGGAUCGAUAGUGAGCACUGAAGACAAAGUUAACGAAAUUUCUCAUCAGUUUUUACGUCAUGGAAAAAGACUGACUUUGUUUUGCACUCAACGUGUCCGCUGAUUUAAUUUUUAUAGUGUUUCUGUGUCGAAAAUAUUCAACGAGUGUAACGAAUAAAAUGAUAAGAUAACGAGAUCGGAAACGUUCCAUUGCAAAUAAAUUUAAUUUCGAUGUCAUUUUUGGGACCACCUCCACCACAUUCCUUUUGUGUUCGCCUGCCAAUUUCCUGUGGUUUCUCUUAUUAUUAUUAUUAUUAUUAUUAUUUGGAGACAUAUCAGAGUUAGAUUAUUUUGUAGUCGGAUUGUUUCAACGUCUUCCUGUGCUAAUAUAAAAAUGUCUAUUUAUAUCAAAGUGUAUUUUUAUUAUUUUUAUUUUUAUAUAUAUUGCGAGUGCUGUGAAGUAUACAAUGUGCACUGUAACUUAGAUGCAGUAACAUUGUCACGUUUGAACCGGCCAGAAUGAUCAAAAAGUAGAUGUAUUUUAAAAAUAUAGAAUUACUCUAUGAUAUUGAAGAACUCUUCCGCUUUAAAUUAGAAUAAGAUAAUGUUUAGGCAAGUCAAAGAUGUAAAAUUUACACCUGUUUCCUAAAGUAUCGCACUCAAUUAUAUUUAUUUUUUACUUUGUCAAAAUCGUACGAUCAACUUCGGUUUUGGUAGCUCAAAGCUACACCUCCCCGAGGUGGAACCGUACGUCUGUAUAUAAUUUUAUUUGUAUAGCAUAGCGAAUAGGUACUCAAAGUACUUAAAUUAAGGCUCUAAACGUAAGUAAUUACUGUGUGAUUUUAUACUUAAGGUUUCUAUUUUAAAUAAGCUUUUACAAUUUUUCAUAAUUUUGAAAAUUAUAUUACAAUUAAUAUUUAUAAAUAAAACACAUAUACAUUAAUGACUGUAAAAUGAUUGUAAGUUGUUGAAUAAAAUUUAAUGUUUCGU